AUGACAACCAACAGCUUCAAUGUCCUGGAGAUCCUCCUAGGUGGGCCCCUCUACCGCGGCGGCACCCAAACCACCAUGGGCCCUCCCGGGAGGAUCUCCAGGGCGGCGCUGAAGGAGGCGGUUCCUGUGCGGGCCCACACCGAGGGCUACGCCGCCAUCACCGACUCACCUGCCUCGCUCUUCGCCCCGGAAUUGAUCGGGCUCUACCCAGAGGCCAAGGUCAUUAUGACCGUGCGCGAGAGAGACGCAUGGGUUAAGAGCAUGGCCCAGAUCAGCUCGUUGGUCACAAUGUGGUUUUUGAGGGGGAUACUUCGAUAUAAAUUAAUGCGCCACUUUGUCACAUACAUCGAACUCCUCCAAGCACAGUGGGACGCGCGUUACAAUGGCUCUCGAGAUAAUAUUUGGAUUUAUGAUCGCCAUAUUGAGUUGUUGAACGAGGUUGUCCCCGCUGACCGUCUGGUUUUCUUUAAUGUCAAGAAAGGCUGGGAGCACCUUUGUCGCGCGCUGGGGAAGGAAGUUCCUAAGGAUAUCCCGUUUCCGAGGGUUAAUGACUCCAAAGCUAUAAAUCGGCGUGGGUUGAGGCGCUGGGCUGUGGCUUUUGCUGUUGUGGGCGUUCUUGGGGGGUGGUGGGUUCUGGGCUGA